AUGGGCGCCAAUCGUCCACUUACGAAUAAGCUUUUCGAGAGCGACAUGGUGUUGACUGUGGAACAAAUGAAGGGGGUCGUGCUUGCAGCGAGCGAACAGCGACGUGGUGGUCUUCGGCGCGGCAAAAGAAAGGUGAUAACUGGAGCGACAUACCGAUGGCCUCGAGCUCCGAUUCCA